CUAGGAAAGGGGCCAUUCCCACCCCGAAGAGGGCGACUGGACCUUGGCCGGCCUGGUGGUGACCCGUCCGGGUCACAUGAGCGGGGACCGAUCACACGCCUCCGUCAUGCUCCUAGGCCUCCUGGGCCUUUAUCUUUCCUCCAGCUCCUAUGGCGUCAGCGGCUGGACCCCUGAACCUGACCAGUCCUUGCAGGUGCCCCCCAGCUGGACCCCCGUGGGCCGCCUGGGUCCAGAGGAGCCAGUGGUUCUGACCUUUGCCCUGAAGCAACAGAAGCUGGACCAGCUGAAAGAACUCGUGCUGGCCGUGUCCAACCCCACGUCCCCCCACUAUGGGAAAUACCUGACCCUGGAUGAGGUGGCCACCCUAGUCCGGCCGUCGGUGCUGACCCUGCGCACGGUGAAUAAGUGGCUGGUGGCCGCGGGAGCGCGGGACUGCCGGACGGUGGCCACGCAGGAUUUCCUGGAAUGCCGCUUCACCGCAGGGCUGGCGGAGCAGCUGCUAGCAGGAGCCGAGUUCCAUCGCUACGAGGCGGGCGGCCAGAGGCUGGUCAGAUCUCCAAGGCCGUACAGGCUCCCGGAGUCGCUGGCCCCGCACGUUGACUUCGUCGGGGGGCUGCACCGCUUUCCGUCCCCCUCCACCGUGCAGCAGCGGGCCCGGGGUCAGGGCCUCGUGGAGGGCUUGCACCUGGGGGUGACCCCGGCCGUGAUCCGCGAGCGGUACAACCUGACGACGCUGGACGUGGGCGGGACGGCGGCCAACAACAGCCAGGCCUGCGCCCAGUUCCUGGAGCAAUACUUCCACGCCACCGACCUGGCCAAGUUCAUGCGUCUGUUCGGCCGCGGCUUCAGACACCAGGCGGCCGUGGAGCGGGUGGUGGGGCCGCAGGGCCGGGGCUGGGCCGGACUGGAGGCCAGUCUGGACGUGCAGUAUCUCAUGAGCACCGGGGCCAACAUCUCCACUUGGGUCUUCAGCAAUCCCGGCCGCCACGAGGCCCAGGAGCCGUUUCUGCAGUGGCUCUUAGCGCUCAGCAACACCUCCGCGCUGCCUUGGGUGCACACCGUCAGCUACGGGGAUGACGAGGACUCGCUGAGCAGCGUCUACCUGGAUCGGGUCAAUGCCGAGCUGAUGAAGGCCGGGGCCCGAGGCCUCACCCUGCUCUUCGCUUCAGGAGACAGCGGUGCUGGCUGUCGGACUGUGGCCUCUGGGACUCACGUCUUCCGCCCCAGCUUCCCGGCUUCCAGCCCAUACAUCACAGCGGUAGGCGGGACGUCCUUCCGGAAUCCCUUCCUAGUAACGGAUGAGGUGGCCGACUACAUCAGCGGAGGCGGCUUCAGCAACGCUUUUCCUCGGCCAUCCUACCAGGAGGAAGCGGUAUCGAAGUUCCUGCAUUCGUCUACCCGGCUACCACCGUCGAGCUACUUCAACGCCACCGGCCGGGCCUACCCGGACGUGGCGGCUCUGUCUGACGGCUACUGGGUGGUCAGCAACGGCUUGCCCAUCCCGUGGGUGUCCGGCACCUCGGCCUCCACGCCGGUGUUCGGGGGGAUUCUGUCUCUGGUGAAUGAGCGGCGGCUGCUGAGCGGGCGCCCGCCUCUUGGCUUCCUGAACCCCCUACUGUACCAGCUGGCUGCCAAAGGUGGCCCUGGCCUGUUCGAUGUUACAAAUGGCUGCCAUUUGUCCUGUCUGGAUGAGACGGUGCAGGGUCAGGGUUUCUGCAGUGGCCCUGGCUGGGACCCCGUUACAGGCUGGGGGACCCCCAACUAUCCGGCUUUGCUGAAGGCUCUGCUCCUUGCCUGACACCCUCCUCUCCCCCAGACCCCUAAAUAUCCCCCAAUAUCGCCACCCUGCUGCAGACUUUGCCCAUGCCCCAGACCCCUAAAUAUCCCCCAAUCCCACCAGCCUGCUGCAGACUUUGUCCAGGCCCCAACAUAUCCCCCAAUCUCACCACCCUGCUGCAGACUGUGCCCGCCCCCCCGUAUCCCUACAUAUCCCCCAAUCCCACCACCCUGCUGCAGACUGUGCCUGCCCCCCCAGACUCCAAAAUAUCCCCAACCCCACCACCCUGCUGCAGACUGUGCCCGCCUCCCCCCCAGACCCCUAAAUAUCCCCAAUCCCACCAUCCUGCUGCAGACUGUGCCCGCCCCCCCGGGACCCCUAAAUAUCCCCCAAUCCCACCACCCUGCUGCAGUCUUUGCCCACACCCCCCGGGCCCUUAAAUAUCCCCAAUCCCACCACCUUGCUGCAGACUUUGCCCAGGCCCCAACAUAUCCCCCAAUCUCACCACCCUGCUGCAGACUGUUCCCGCCCCCCCCAGACCCCUAAAUAUCCCCCAAUCCUACCACCCUGCUGCAGACUGUGCCCGCCUCCCCCCCAGACCCCUAAAUAUCCCCAAUCCCACCACCCUGCUGCAGACUUUGCCCACCCCCCCGGGCCCUUAAAUAUCCCCCAAUCCCACCACCUUGCUGCAGACUUUGCCCAGGCCCCAACAUAUCUCCCAAUCUCACCACCCUGCUGCAGACUGUGCCCGCUCCCCCCCCCCCCCGCCCCCCGCCGGACCCCUAAAUAUCCCCAAUCCCACCAUCCUGCUGCAGACUGUGCCCGCCCCCCCGGGACCCCUAAAUAUCCCCCAAUCCCACCACCCUGCUGCAGUCUUUGCCCACCCCCCCGGGCCCUUAAAUAUCCCCAAUCCCACCACCUUGCUGCAGACUUUGCCCAGGCCCCAACAUAUCCCCCAAUCUCACCACCCUGCUGCAGACUGUUCCCGCCACCCCCCCCCCCCCGAGACCCCUAAAUAUCCCCCAAUCCUACCACCCUGCUGCAGAUUUUGUCCACCCUCCGGGCCCCUACAUAUCCCCUAAUCCCACCACCCUGCUGCAGACUGUGCCCACCCCCGCAGACUCCAAAAUAUUCCCAAUCUCACCACCCUGCUGCAGACUGUGCCCACCCCCGCAGACUCCAAAAUAUUCCCAAUCCCACCAUCCUGCUGCAGACUGUGCCCACCCUCCCCCCCCGGGACCCCUAAAUAUCCCCCAAUCCCACCGCCCUGCUGCAGACUUUGCACACACACCCCGGGCCCUUAAAUAUCCCCCAAUCCCACCACCCUGCUGCAGACUGUGCCCACCCCCGCAGACUCCAAAAUAUUCCCAAUCCCACCAUCCUGCUGCAGACUGUGCCCCCCCACCCCCCAGGACCCCUAAAUAUCCCCCAAUCCCACCACCCUGCUGCAGACUUUGCACACUCACCCCGGGCCCUUAAAUAUCCCCCAAUCUCACCACCCUGCUGCAGACUUUGCCCAGGCUCCAACAUAUCCCCCAAUCCCACCACCCUGCUGCAGACUAUGCCCACCACCCUGGACCCCUAAAUAUCCCCCAAUCUCACCCCCCUGCUGCAGACUUUGCUCACCCCCCAUCCCACCCUUAGAGCACUGAAACUCCCUGCCCUAUUCUGAGCCCCGUUUGCCGCCUGAGCCUACCUCCUGUGAUGCUCUGCCUCGCUCAAUAUCUCCUCCUUCCCGAGACUCCACAUCCCUCUCCACCCUCUCCCUCCUCCCCGCCACGACUCAGGGUCUGUACCAUAGCAAUAAAGAAGAUUUUUCCCUA